AUGCACAUCAUCCUAGAUCUUCUCCUGCUGGUGGCCAUCAUCCUCUACUCCUACUUGGAGUCACUGGUAAAGUUUUUUAUUCCCCAGAGAAGAAAAUCUGUAGCUGGACAGAUCGUUCUCAUCACCGGGGCUGGACACGGAAUAGGCAGGCUGACGGCUCAUGAAUUUGCAAAGCGGAAAAGCAGAUUGGUCCUGUGGGACAUCAAUAAGCGCGGUGUUGAAGAAACUGCAGCCGAAUGCCGGAAACUGGGGGCCACUGUGCACGUGUUUGUGGUGGACUGCAGCAACCGGAUGGAGAUUUACAACUCUGUGGAUCAGGUGAAGAAAGAAGUGGGUGACAUAGAAAUCGUGAUAAAUAACGCAGGGGCGAUAUAUCCAGCUGACCUUCUUAGCACCAAGGACGAGGAGAUCACCAAAACCUUUGAGGUCAACAUCCUAGGACAUUUUUGGAUCAUCAAAGCACUUCUCCCGUCGAUGCUAAGAAGAAACUCUGGCCACAUUGUCACAGUGGCUUCAGUGUGUGGCCACGGAGUGAUCCCUUACCUCAUCCCCUAUUGCUCCAGCAAGUUUGCUGCUGUUGGCUUCCACAGAGCACUGACUGCAGAACUGGAAACCUUGGGGAAAACUGGUAUCAGAACCUCAUGCCUGUGCCCUGUGUUUGUGAAUACUGGUUUCACCAAAAACCCAAGUACAAGGUUGUGGCCUGUAUUAGAGACCAGUGAAGUCGCAAGAAGUCUGAUGGAUGGAAUACUGACCAACAAGAAGAUGAUCUUCGUCCCAUCCUAUAUCGGCAUUUCUCUAGUCCUGGAAAAGUUUCUUCCUGAACGUGCCUUAAAAGCUAUACGUCGUAUACAGGAUAUUCAAUUUGAAGCAAUCGUAGGCCACAAAAUCAAAAGGAAGUAAUGUAUGCCGAGACGUGUAUAACACCAAUGACAAGAACCUAAGCUCAAAGUCAGCGCGUUAAAGCUUCCUUUCGUGUGUUGAAAGUGCUGCUGAUGUUUAAAAUGUAGUCUUGGCACUAGCCAUCUAAUGAACAAGACUGAUUAGCUGCCCUUCUGGCCUGCUUGUAGAUAUCUCAACUUACAGUAUUUGGUUAUGGC